AUGAGUGUUCGUGGAUAUUGUUCCUUGCCCGAAGAAGAUUUGCCGAUUGUAAAUGAUUGUCCAUUAGAGUAUGUCCUAAGUCCGCAACAGACUGCUAAGGUAUCAGAAGAACCAAUUGCAUCUGAAACUCUCUUUUUACCCAAUUCUUUGAUUGAGAGUCUUACAGCUGGUAUUGCUGUUGAUGAGUGUUUCAGUCGGACGACCAAUCCUUUACCACCCAGUCAUAGACAGCACGAACAAGAGGAGGUUGAGUACGAAAUACCUAUUGACUUAAGUACAUCUGCUGAGUAUGAAAUGGUAGCUAUUGAAGGAGUGAAUGAAAGAGAAGAGAUUCAAUCGAUCAAGCCAAUUAGUGCUACACAGUAUACAAUGACUCUAACCAACCGUACAGUUACUUUAGCUUGUUCCUCCCUUGAUAACAGCACCUAUGUAGUAGUCGAUUUAAGUGGCCAGCUCAUUCCCAUUCAAAAGGUAGCCACCACUCGUGUCACCAAGUAG